CCGCCCUGCACAGAACGUCCCCCCCCCCCCCCCCCCCCUCCGAAGGAAGGAAGAAGAAGUAGAAGAAGGAGAGAGCACACCUCCUCCGGUCGUCGCCACCGCCGGUGUUCGCGUCUCCCGGGUACCCGGAAGGUCGAGUUUCUUGCGGCGGCGGCGGCAUGGGGUUCGUGCGGUCGGAGGAGAGGCAGCGGGCGGAGAUUGAGGAGCUCCGGCGCGUGCUGCUGGCGUGCGCCGCCGUCCACCGGAGGAAGGACGACGACGGGAUCGGGGCCCCUCCCAGGGCCGCGCCGAGGGGCGACGACGACGACGAGGACGACGAGGCGGGCGGCGGAGGGGGGAGGGCGGUGUGCGUCACCAGCGGGGUGUCGUUCUUGGGCCGGGCCCUCGUGAGCCGGCUCCUGCUCCGCGGGUACUCCGUUCGGAUCCUCGUCGACAACGAAGAGGACAUGGAGAAGCUGAGGGAGAUGGAGACCUCGGGGGAGAUGGGGAGCGCCCGGAGCAAUUUCAGCGCGGCGGUGGCGAAGCUGGGCGACGUGCAGAGCCUGUGCGAGGCGUUCGAAGGGUGCGCCGGGAUUUUCCACACCUCGGCGUUUGCUGAUCCGGCCGGGAUCUCUGGCUACACCAAAGCGAUGGCGCAGAUAGAAGUGAAGGUGAGCGAGAGCGUGAUGGCGGCGUGCACGAGGACACCGUCGGUGAGAAAGUGCGUCCUCACAUCGUCGCUUCUGGCCUGCGUAUGGCGAGACACCGCGCGGAACCACCUCACCAACGUAAUCAGCCACGAUUGCUGGAGUGAUGAAGCCUUGUGCGCGAGCAAGAAGCUAUGGUAUGCCCUGGGCAAGCUCAAGGCUGAGAAAGUUGCUUGGAAAAUAGCAGAAGAAAAGGGACUUAAGCUGGCCACGAUCUGCCCUGCUCUCAUCACUGGUCCUCAGUUCAUCAACAGGAAUCCAACAGCUACAAUUGCAUAUCUUAAGGGUGCCAAGGAAAUGUACUCGGAUGGUGUAUUAGCAACGGUGGACGUGACGACACUGGCAGAUGCUCACGUGCGCGUGUUCGAGGCGAUGAUCAAGACCGCAUCAGGGAGGUACAUCUGCUUCGAUCGGGUGAUCGACGGCGAGGAUGACGCGGCGAGGCUGGCAGGGGAAAUGGGGAUGCCGGUCGAUAAGAUCCGCGGGGGAGGAGAGGGCGAAUCGUCCAGGGAACCACGGCCGAGGUUGGAAUUGUCAAACCGGAAGCUUUCUUGCCUCAUGUCGAGAUCGCUACGUCCAUGUUACGAUGAGUCGAGAACAGUCUGAUUUUGUUCCUAUUGCAAUGUCCGCUUUGUUUACCACGUCCUGUCCAUGUAAAGGCCGAGAACGAUGCAGAUGAAUAUAAAUUUUGCAGUUAGAUUUUCAGAAA